AUGCCCUCUCGCGUAAAAACACCUUGGAUCGAAGCACUCACCAGAUCCCGCGAGGAAGCGCGCGCCGCCGCCGCCGCCGCCACAGGUCCGAAGGAUGUGAGCCCGACGGCGGCAAAGGUAGACACGACACCGAAGAGGAUGAGCGAUAGUCAUUAUAGUGUUGUGUUGCCGGUGGCGCAGGAUAAGUGGUUGUUGGACAGUUAUUUGAAUGCUACGGGGCAUAUUCGACUGGGGUCGUUGCUUAUGGACCUCGAUGCUCUGGCUGGUAUUAUCGCCUACCGCCAUACCGGCGACAAUGUGACAACCGUCACCGCGGCUGUCGACCGUAUCACUAUUGAGCAUCCGCUGAUGGAGAUUUGUGACCUCGAGCUUAGCGGACAGGUCACCUACGCUACAGGAAGAUCGAGUAUGGAGAUCUCCCUGCAGGUUGCCAAGGUCCCGCCGGAAGGGCAGAGCGUCAAGCCGGAUGAUGUGUUGAUUACUUGCGCGUUUACGAUGGUGUCACUUGACCCCGUCACGAAGAAGCCGGUCAACGUUGCGCCGUUGGUGCUAGAGACAGAAGAAGAGAAAGGGUUGUUUAGGAAGGGCGAGGAGAAUUAUAAGGCCAAGAAGGCUCUCCGCACGCGGAGUCUCCUCGAAAAGGCACCUGAUGACGAAGAAUCAAACCUCAUCCACUCCAUGUGGAAACAAGAGGUUUCCUACAGAGAUCCCCAAAGUCCCACCAAACGCCCCGAAAACACCUCCUUCAUGUCCUCUACCGUCCUAACUAGCGCCAUGAUCAUGCAGCCUCAAGACCGCAACCGCCACAGCUUCAUGAUCUUCGGCGGCUUUUUGCUAAAACACACCUUUGAGCUGGCCUUCUGCUGCGCCGCAUCUUUCAGCCAUACUCGUCCUAACUUCUUAGCGCUCGAUCCAAGUACCUUUGAGAAUCCAGUUCCUGUGGGUAGUGUGCUGUACUUGAGGGCGACGGUAUCGUAUACAGAGCCGUAUGACGCACCUGCGACAGGGCUGAGAGAGGAAGACGCCGGCGGUGACGGCGGGAAGUACACCAAGGUGCAAGUGAGAGUGGACUCGAAGGUCCGGGACGUCGAGCACGGGACGAAGAAGAGCACAGGCAUGUUCCAUUACACCUUCCUGGUGGACCGCGAUGUGCAGGUUAUGCCGAAGGAGUAUGGGGAGUUUAUGAUCUGGACGGAUGCGAGAAGACGUGCGCAGAAUGCGGCUGCUAUCCUGCCUGGGUCCAAGUAUAAUGCGCUUAGGGUUAUCAAGGAUAGUGUUACGGAGUAA